AUAAGGGGGGAGUUCCGGAACGACGCCGCCGCGACUAAGAAAGCGGGGUCACUCAUGAACCUCCAUCAUAGCAUCAGCGACCUUGUUUCCUUCUAUCCCUCAUUGUCUUUCCUGGAAUAGAAUUAUGAGCUCUCUACCUCUUCUCUCUCGCGGUGCUAGCCACCCUCGGGUUCAUCCUCAGCGGUCGCGAAAUGGGUGUCUGGUUUGCAAAAAAAGAAAGGUCCGAUGCAAUGAGCAGAGACCCCAGUGCUACCACUGCCAGCGCCUGAAUCUAGAAUGUGUGUGGAAAGACACCGUACAGCAGCGACCACCACCGACGAAUGCGGCAGCAGGAGAUCCCCCGGGGAUUGACGCCACGUCAUUGGAGGAUGACUGGCUGUCUCCUUCUGCUGACCUCUUUGACUUCGCACAAUCCAUGACGGAUCCCCCGCCGGGAUUUUCUUUCAUUGAAGAUAUAUAUCUUCCCGACUUUGGUGACUCUAUUGUGCCGGGACUCGCCUUGCAUGAGCGAUCUACCGACCUAGAUAGCCAGGGUUCACCUCUUGCAGCGGCACAGUCCCCACCACAGUCCCUGCCACAGUCCCUAGUUACCAAUGUAGACGAGGAAUACUCGCUACUAUUACAUGCGACGCCGAUUUUAGAUCCUGUCGAAAACGGUCCGAUAUGUGCUUCUCUGCGAGCACUGUUUGACAGUAUGGCAACCUCAUCUCCUAUGGUUCGUUAUGCGAUGGCGGCGUUCGCCGCCGUCCAGUUUUAUACCAGGGGGAAACAAGUGGAUUAUCAGACAUACUACGAUAAAGCUGCAAAUGAACUAUCAGCAAGAUUUCACAAAUCCGGGGGAAGCCUGGCAGUCAACAGUAAUGAACUUAGAUACGUUCUGACCACUAUCUUCUUUCUUACAUACGUAAAUUUUUUAACUGGCCGGCUGGAUUUAGCCUACUUGAAUCUUGCAAAGGCGCAUAAGGCGCUGCAGACGUCAAGCAGGGGUGCCCUGGGCUCUUUAGAACAGAGAAUCAUCUCUUGGAUCCGAUGGUCAGAUGCCCGGGCGGCACUGACUGGUGGGGAAGGACUCUUGGUAAAUGAUACAUCUGGAAUUUAUCCAUCCAGUCCAAGUCCCCCCCCAGACUCCGGGCCGCAUGAGGUUAUAUAUGACAUGCUAUGCCAGCCCGGGAUCGCCUUCUUCCAAGAAGUCCAGACCAUUACGGGCCGCAUAGCUAGAAUUGCCCAUGGUCACCGCAGCCGAGGGAGUGUGGAGGACGAGACUGAAGUGAUGGCUAUUGCGGCCGGUAUUUUGAAGGAUCUGUCUUCUAUAUAUGAUACGAGGCCUGCGCUUAUGGAUCAUGCUGUAUCAGGAAAUAUCAAUAGUGACACUCUCGCUGGGCCACUCGCGUCGGUCAUCAUUCGCUCAUACCGGACAUAUCUUGCCAACUUUUACGUCUGCUACAUUCACCUCCAUAGAGUCGCCCAUCGCCACUUGGAUCGUUCGAAAGCGGUGGAUACAGCGCUAUGCAAAAUUAAGGAAAUAGUGCAUCUCAUGGUCAACAGUAACGAAUCUAUACCAGUUAAUAUGUUAUGGCCGUUAUUCCUAUGGGGUAGCGAGGAGGACGAUUAUGACGAGUGUAAAUGGCUCCUUGAGACGAUUCGUAGUCUCCAACAUGUUGCCAGCAAUGCGAAUAUGACGGCGGAUGUACUACAAGAGAUUCAAAGAAGGCAGCGAGAGGCAGGGACCCGCGUCGAUAUUCGGUCUGUAUGCUUAGAGUUGUUCAACGUUAACUUUGCGAUAAUUUAAUGUUAUCCCUGCUUUUUGAAGUGGGAAAUCUCAAACAGGAUGAAUUUCUUUCAUUUUGCUUAUCAUCUACCGCAAAAAUGAUACAGUCUUUGAUCGCUAUUUAAUUUUUCAAAUACAGCUCCUGCUCGAGCGCGAGAAGCGGCGCGACGUACUUCUGUACACGCUCUCUCUUCGCCGGAUCGUCAAACUUGGGGAAUGGUCGGCGACAGUCACGGCUCGACUCCGGAUAGCCACGCUCCUGUGCGAUAAUCCACUUCAUGCCGCUGACAUCGGACGUUCCAAUUCCCCAUUCAGGUCCGGAAACCUUCUUCUGCAGCGCAAUCGCCUCCGAAAGCUUUCCAGCGUUGUAAAGAUUAUAAAUUUCAAUCAGGACCUGCGAAAUGCGUUAGUAACCGAAACUAGCUACCUUGGUGGUUGUCUGGACUUACCUUUGGGAACAGGUUUACAACACCUGAGAUAGUACCUGCUCCUCCACCAGCCAACGCAGAGACAAUUAAGUCGCUUUGUCCGGACACAGCCGCGAAUUGACUCGGCGGGUUCAGUGCUGCGACUCUCGUCAUUUUUGAGAUGUUUCCGCAGGUCAAUUUGACACCACAGAUGUUCGGGUGGGCGCUAAGUUUCUCCAACAUUUCCGAGUCUACAUCCAGCCCUGACAGCAGAUUCGGGAAGUUGUAGAUUAUAAUGGGGAUUGGGGAGCGGUCGCCAACAUCCUCGAAGAAGUCGACGAUGGCCUUCUUGGUCAUCGACCAGUGGAAUGUGCUCGGUACCAACACCAGGGCAAAAUCGGCGCCGUUCUUGUGCCCAGUUAUAGUCUGCUCGAGAAUGUCUCUGGUGCUGCCGCCUAAGCAGCCCACGGUGAUGGGGAGAUUUGGGUUUCCGUUUGCCUUUGCUGCCUCACGGGUCCUCUUGACCAACUCGCCCUUCUCGGCCAAAGUAAGCGCACACGAUUCACCACUUGAGCCGGCGACAACAACUAUAAUAAAUCAGCUCUACUCGUCUAGUAAUAGUGUUAUAUCAUGCGGAAGCAAACAUACUGCCAUGUACGCCAGCCUUGACCAAGUACGCGAGAUGCUUUUCUUGGGUCGCCCAAUCAAUCUCCUGUUGUUCUCCCUGAAGGAAGAAUGUCACGGUAGGGGCGUGGAUCCCCGGAGGGUAUGAUUUUAAGGCAGAAGCCAUAGUUUAAGAAUAUAGUAUAUAUGUAAUAUGUUUGGAUGAUAGUGGUUAUUGAUUAUCUACG